AUGUCUGCUAAGCUCCUCACAAGCAAAAAUCCUCUGCGAAAUUUCCAGGACGACGUGGAGUCCGUGUUAUAUCUAAUUCUAUGGCUCGCCCUCCGAAUCUAUACGCGAUCAUGCAUUCUGAACGUUAUCAUCGGCCAUUCAUACUGUUCGUGGAAGGAAAGAUAUUCCGCGUAUCACAGUUGCACUGUUUUCGACAUGACAACUUUCAAGGGCCAUGGCGCUCUUAACUGCCUCGUGCAAGAGCUGGCAGAAGUGUUCGCUUCACGGUACAUCAUACCAAAGGAGAAAGACUAUAAAGUUUAUAACGCGCAUAAGGAUAAUGAGAGCUCCAUCGUGCACGAACUGCUAGAGGGGAAUGCCGCGGCAAAGAAGAUGUCUGGCCUUGAAUCGUCUCAUGCGGGAGUCAUCCAGAUCUUCGACAAGCAUCUUUCUAACGAAGCAAGGUGGCUUUAG